CGCUCCGACCCAUUUGUAUAGGCGUUGGGGGCGACUGGCGAGGCAGCCUCCCUAGUCAGUAGUCCCUACCGAAGCGUAAAACCCCUCAUUUUGUUUUUGUAUAGGGUUUUACGCUCGGGAAAAAGAAUAAGACAAAGAACAAAAUCAGCCAUGUUUAGGAGAAAUUUACCCUCUCUUUUUCGGAUCUCAUCAUCAUCUCAGGUUUCCAGUGCUUCAAAGCCAGUUAAUGAAGAAAAGAGCAAAUCAUUUGGCCGAAAGGCCGUGUCUACUGCUCUGCUUUGUCUCACAGGCGGUGUAGCUUUGAGUGCCAUUGAUGAUCUUGCUAUCUACCAAGGGUGUAGCAGAAAGGCGAUGGAGAAGGCCAGCAAGAAUCAGCAAGUCAUUAAUGCAAUAGGUGAACCAGUAAUGAAAGGCCCUUGGUAUAGUGCUUCUCUUUCUGUAGCUCACAAGAGGGGUUCUGCGUCAUGCACAUUUCCUGUUUCCGGACCUCAAGGCAAUGGUGUCUUGCGCUUGAAGGCGGUUCGCAACGGAGAUGAUUCCUGGUUAUCAUUCUUCCGUCCUCGUGACUUCGACAUCUUACUUUUGGAUGCAGUCCUCUAUGUUCCAGGAAAUGAAGAAGCGCAGAAAACCGUUAAGAUUAGCAUCUCUGAUGACGUCCCUUCUCCUGCAUGUCAAACAUGCCCUACGCCUCCGGGGACUGGAAGUCCAGGUAAGCAAUGACGGCUUGGUGCAUAGUUGUAGCUUGUAGGAGAAUUUAAUAAAAAGUUCAUAUAUUCUUUUAUACAUAUAUGAGAUGUUGUCAUCAUUUUCCUGGAGAGCAUGCAAUUUUGAGCAUACACAGGAACCUGUAUAAAUUUUCUUGGUCUAAUUAUGUAUUAAUCUGAGGCCUACAUGUUCUUUCUCUAGUAGACUAUGGUGAAAGAAUUUUCUGGUUUA